GAAAUACAUAUGUUUACUAUGGGUGUAAUGUUUACUGUCAUUUCUGAUUGUUUAUUUAACUUUGAUCUAUUUCACUUGCUUUGGCAAUGUAAACAUAUGUUUAUCAUGCCAAUAAAGCCCUCUGAAUUUAAUUGAAUCGAGAGAGGGAAAGAUGGAGUGAGGGAGGCGAAAGCGAGCGAGACAAAGAGUGGCCCUCUAUAUUCGGCUAUGUAAAAACAGCGAUGGGUGAGGGGCCAACCUCUCCACAUGUGACUACAGUGUCCAUUUUUAGAGGAAGAGCGGCACACUCGGUCACGGUGUGUUCUUGCCCUUUCGUUGGGAUUAGAGAUGUAAAAUAAUAAUAAUUCAACCGUUAAUGCGUUUUUUUGUUUGUUUGUUUCAUAUAUCUUCACAAGUUUAUUUCAUCUCAUUAUUGAUCGGAUUUUUCCACCUUUUUUUUCGUGUGGACAUUUAGAGAAAAAUACUUUUUUGUAUUUCUAAACUUUUAUUUCUAAAAUGUCAAAGUUUGCUCGCGUGUUUUUGUAGCCCACCUUCGUCUAUGGAAUCAUCUUGGGGAUAUUAGAAAUAGCCUAACGGACAUGGAGGAGUUUAUCAACUUUUCCCACACAAGGUGCCUUUUGUUCGUGAAUAAGGCAGCGUGCUUUUGGAAGACUAGACCAUGAGGGAACCUAUCGAGCGCACAACUGUCGAUUAGGCGACUGGUCGCUUGAGAGCGUCAAAAUAAAAUGGAAAAACGGAACAUUUGCUAUCUGAGAGUCUCCUCAUUGAAAACAUCCGAAGUUCUUCAAAGAACGAUGCAGCCGUGUAUACGAUGUAAAACAACGAUCAACCGGAGGACUGUUUGAAUAGGCAACGGGAGUCUGGAGAAGAGAAGGAGAUUGGCAGAAGCUAUUAAAGAAGACACUCCGUGACAGCAGCAGAUCCCGACACAGCUACAUCACAGGAUGAGGAUGAAAUACACAAUCUCCCUUGUCUUCAUUGUGGCACUGGUCAUCAUUGAGAAGGAAAACAACAUUAUCUCACGGGUUUCAGACAAGCUCACCCCAAAGCAGACCCCCCAGACACCCCUUCAGCCCAGUAACUCUGCCUCAGCCUCAGCCCUGGGUCUCCUGAAGUACAAUGGCUCCUCCUUCUCUACCCUGAGCAAGCUGGACCCUGUCUUCGCCCUCAUGAAGAGACGCCUGGAGAACGACACCGAGCAGAGGUCAGAGGUCAUAGGGUCAGCUGGAAACAGAAAGCACAUCCUCCUAUUGGCCACCACGCGGACAGGCUCCUCCUUCGUGGGCGAGUUCUUCAACCAGCAGGGAGACAACAUGUUCUACCUGUUCGAGCCGUUGUGGCACGUGGAGAGGUCGCUGACAUUAGAGAGCGGCGGGACCAACGCCACAGCCGCCGCCCGGGCCUACCGGGAAGUCCUCCAGGGGCUCUUCCUGUGUGACUUCACCCCUCUGGAGAGCUUUAUUGACCCACUUCCUGUAGACCACGUCACCUCAGCCCUGUUCAGGAGAGAAUCUAGCAGCUCUCUCUGUGAGGAGUCCGUCUGUAGCCCGUUCGUUAAGAAAGUCUUUGAACGCUACCAUUGCCGGACCAGGAAGUGUGGUCCCCUCAACCUGACCAUGGCGUCCGAGUCCUGCCAGCAGAAGGAGCACAGGACCAUUAAAUCCGUCCGGGUGCGCCAGCUGGAGACCCUGAGACCCCUCGCCGAGGACCCUCGUCUGGACAUCAAGUUCAUCCAGCUGGUGAGGGACCCCAGGGCGGUUCUGGCCUCCCGCAUGGUGGCCUUCUCCGCCAAGUACAACAACUGGAAGAAGUGGGCGGUGGACGGAGACGUGCCCGUUGACGACGACGAGGUGAGGAAGCUGAAAGGCAACUGCGACAACAUCAGGAUGUCUGCGGAGGUCGGCCUGAGGCAGCCGUCUUGGCUGAGGCGGAGGUACAUGCUAGUACGGUACGAGGAUAUCGCUAGAUUCCCUAUGAGGAAGGCAGCGGAGAUGUACAAGUUCACCGGGAUCCCGUUCACUCCUCAGGUGAAAGACUGGGUGUUAAAGAACACCCAGGCUUCCAAUGAAGCUAGUGGAGUGUAUUCAACACAGAAGAACUCCUCCGAGCAGGUGGAGAAAUGGAGGUUCGGCAUACCCUACAAACUAGCCCAGGUGGUGCAGAGGGUUUGCGGACCCACGAUGAAACUGUUUGGGUACAAGUUUGUGAACAGCGAGGCGAUGCUGACGGACAAGUCUAUCAGUUUGAUCGAAGAAAAGAUUUUCAUACAAAACUUUUCAUAGACAUUUUACGGUAACUCUGAACUCUGCUCAUCAGACAAAGGGACCAACAGAUAUGAUUAUGAAGUGAUAGUUGUGAGGAUAUUUAUUGGGGACUGUACUAGUAUACAACAAUGUAUGAGACACUUUAUAGAUACAUAUUAAAUUAUAACAUGUUACACUCCAGGGUGGAGAAGGAAAUACACAUUUUUGUGUGUAAUAAAAAGGAACGAAUACAAAAACGAGUACUACCUUUUAACUGUUUACAGGGACAUUUAACAAAAGAAAACCCUUGUUACAUGAGUACUACAUGGUAGAAAUCCCCUUGUUACAUGAGUACUACACGGUAGAAAACACUUGUUUUAUAAGUACUACAUGGUAGAAAACACUUGUUUUAUAAGUACUACAUGGUAGAAAACACUUGUUUUAUAAGUACUACAUGGUAGAAAACACUUGUUUUAUAAGUACUACAUGGUAGAAAACACUUGUUACAUGAGUACUACAUGGUAGAAAACACUUGUUAUAUGAGUACUACAUGGUAGAAAACACUUGUUUUAUAAGUACUACAUGGUAGAAAACACUUGUUUUAUGAGUACUACAUGGUAGAAAACACUUGUUUUAUGAGUACUACAUGGUAGAAAACCCUUGUUUUAUAAGUACUACAUGGUAGAAAACACUUGUUACAUGAGUACUACAUGGUAGAAAACCCUUGUUACAUGAGUACUACAUGGUAGAAAACCCUUGUUACAUGAGUACUACAUGGUAGAAAACACUUGUUUUAUAAGUACUACAUGGUAGAAAACACUUGUUUUAUAAGUACUACAUGGUAGAAAACCCUUGUUACAUGAGUACUACAUGGUAGAAAACCCCUUGUUACAUGAGUACUACACGGUAGAAAACCCUUGUUACAUGAGUACUACAUGGUAGAAAACACUUGUUUUAUGAGUACUACAUGGUAGAAAACCCUUGUUACAUGAGUACUACAUGGUAGAAAACACUUGUUUUAUAAGUACUACAUGGUAGAAAACCCUUGUUACAUGAGUACUACAUGGUAGAAAACCCUUGUUACAUGAGUACUACAUGGUAGAAAACACUUGUUUUAUAAGUACUACAUGGUAGAAAACACUUGUUUUAUGAGUACUACAUGGUAGAAAACACUUGUUUUAUGAGUACUACAUGGUAGAAAACACUUGUUUUAUGAGUACUACAUGGUAGAAAACCCUUGUUACAUGAGUACUACAUGGUAGAAAUCCCUUGUUACAUGAGUACUACAUGGUAGAAAUCCCUUGUUACAUGAGUACUACAUGGUAGAAAUCCCUUGUUACAUGAGUACUACACGGUAGAAAACCCUUGUUACAUGAGUACUACAUGGUAGAAAAUCCCUUGUUACAUGAGUACUACAUGGUAGAAAUCCCUUGUUAUAUGAGUACUACAUGGUAGA